GAGGAGCAUGGCACAGGAAGGCUGCAGUGAGAACUGUGGGCAGCAGUAGGACCAGCUGCUGCUGAGGAGAGGGCCACAGCCCCACACAGCUCUGCUCUGCUUUUCCAGGAGCCCCAGGCUAGGCUUCUCCUGCUGGCAGCAGAGGCUCCUCAGACAGGGAGUGCAGUGCCAAUACCAUGGGAGGGUGGGGCUGCCCCAGGCAGGGCUGAGUGACAUCCGUGGGACAAAGGGCUGUCUGGAGCCGCAGGAAAGGUUAUGGUCCUUCCAACAGUGAGAGAGUGGCCAAAAUUUGGUAUGCCCUGGGAGGUUCCUGCACCUCAGGAUCAGCCUGAAGGCUCCUGUAGAGAUCUGCCAGGGGUAAAGGAAACAACACCAGAGCUGACCAGCUCCAUCCAGCAGCUUCAGCAGGAGACAGAGGCCUGGCAGCCCAAGGGCCAAAGGCAAGCAUUGGUACUGGAGCCACAGCAUGGGGAGCCCAGAGCAUGCCAGGACACACAGCAGGAAAAUCUGGAGCCAGCUGAGGUGCUAGCCAUGAUACAGGCAUUGCAGCUGGACCUGGACUUCUGCAGGGGCACAAACCACAAACAACUGGUCCAGCUGCAGGAGCAGGAGUGUGCAGUAGAGCAGGAGCACCAGGACUUGGUCAUUCUGAUGCAGCAGUUGCAGGCACUGAUGGGCAAGGUCAGUGAUGCACCCCUCCACCUGAAGGACCAGGCAGUGCAGACAGAGGUCACCUCCUACUUGGCUGCCCACAGUGGUUUUGACACCAGCCACGAUAUCCCACAGGACAGCAGAGAGCUGCUCAAGCAGCUGGGGGCAUGGGAGCAGAGUCAAGGCCUGCAGUACAGCCCAGCCCAGCUGCAGGAGCAGCUGGGAGCCACCCAGGCCCAGGAGCAACAGAGUCUGCAGCAGCUGAGCAGAACCAACGAGGCCAUCCAAGGCCUACACAGAAAAGUGGCAGAGCUGCAGCAACAGCUUUGCUGGCAGGUGCAGGACAUGGAGAACCUCCAGGCAGAGCUGGCCCAAGCUCGACAAGAGAGCACCAAGCAGGCGGAAAAGAUUGCAGCCUACAAGACACACAGGAAGCAGCUUCAUCGGGAGCUGAGGAGGAUGCAGACCUUCAAGGAGCAGAGCAAACAGGAGACCUACUACCUCCAGGAGAGGCUGCAGGAGCUGAGCAGCCUAGUCCAACACUGGCAGCAGCUACACCUGGACAGUGAGCAAACUCUGGCUCUGAGAGAAGACGAGCUGGUUGUCUGCAAGGUGGAGCUGGCUUUCCUUAAGGAAGAGCUCAGCAAGGUGACAGAGCAGGUGCAGGAUACAAACAGGCAUUCAAGACACACUAGGCAGGAUGCAGGAGGAGAACCUGUACCUAAUGUUCAGAACACCUGAGCAGCCCAAGUGUGAGCAGCUGAAAAAGUUGUACAGGGCAACAACUUGACAGCACCAGCCCCGCAUGAUUCUGCAGAGCUACCUCCACCAGGAGGUAGAGCUACCAGAGCUACC